GCUGUCGUGAUUGGUCGUUGCCGUUCCGAUGUCUUGCGUUCCGAAUUUAAAUUAGUCGCGAUCGUGUUUGUAAGAAAGAAAAAUAUUUUUUGUUUACAAUAAUUUUCAUUGUUUUCCGCACGAAUAUUUAAUUCGGAAAACGAUUUUUUGUACGUCAGUGUCCGUUUUGUGUUUAUGUUAAGAUCGCCACGAGAAUGAUCAAAAUAUAAGCAAAUCAAAAUAAAGUGACGUAAUAUAAAUUGUGUUUAAAAAACAUGGAGUUUGUUUCACCGCACCGGUCCCUUAAAUUGAAGACACUAAAUAUUUAUAAUGACACACAGUCUGAAGGUUUGAAGUCAAGAUGAAAAUCAAACAUUAUCCAGGAAAAGCGGUCAUGGAGGACCCGUGGCUAUCCCUCGGGGAUAGAACUAUGGACCUUGUCUAUGCGGCAAACUGGGUCGGCGCUAAGAAUCUUAAUAAAUGCAAUUCUAACGACGAUCAAUCAAGUUCAAAAUGUAAUUCUAUAUCGAGGAGCAAAUCAUGUAGAGAUGUCGGCCGUUCGGAAGAAAACGAAUACAGCCAAAAAAAAUACUCACAAGAAGAUAGCGGGUGUUACUUUGAUGUUCCUAAUGAAAACAUAUCUCAAUUAGCCAAAUAUCAACAAAAUAUAGAAGAAAAAGCUAGGACGAGUGAUAAUUACAUUGUUCAAAACAAAUUAAAGCACAGUUAUAGUUUUAAAGAUAUGCCAAAUGGCUAUAAGCCUUCGACUCUGCGACGCGUCAAACGAAGAAACUUCACAGAAUGGGACAUCGAAGCAUUUGGUUCGAAUAGUAAACAGCCACCCAUUCCGCCACAACGUAAAGAUUCUUUGAAAUACGCACAUCGACAGAGAAAAGUUGAUUCAAAGAAAAAUUACUAUCCUUUACCUGAUCCUGGUCCAGUACCUCCUGAUCCAUCAUCAGAAUCAUAUUAUGAAUAUUAUUCUAGAGUCAGUCAACAAAACAAUGACACCGAUAGCGAUAAGCUAAAGCAGAUCCAAAAAAGUGGUAGGAAUGAUAGAAAUUCGCCAAAUGAAUACCCCAAACAAAACGGUAAUACCGUGUACAAAAUUAUACAUUCAAUGGCCACCUUAGAUCUGAACCCGAUGAAAGUCAGAAACGGUAAACAAACUUUGGAAUUGGAUAGUGAACCGGAAGAUUUGGGUCUAUACAUGCGGCCUAUUAAACAGUCGUUAUCUACAUGCGAUCAACUUCCGAACCACACUACGCAACCGGCGAACGAACGAAACGGACGCAUCGAAGACGCUAAACCUAGCUUUCGUUCUAAAUCAUUAAGAGUUAAAAGCGAAGGUAGAGUACCACUUCGAGCGUACCUUGACACGGUCCAGCACAACAAUGCGCAGUACAACGGUGUCACUGUCACGCAACCGAAAAGAAAUCUGUCGCCGAGCGAACAGUUGACGCUAAUGCAGUACGAAAUGUUCAACGGAAGUAAGAACCAACUCGCACCGCCGAUCAGCAACGGGUUCCACGCUGUUGAUCCGUCUAAAGAAAGUGAUUAUCGGACUAUAAAUAGUGUUACAAAACAAAUCAAACCCGAUAAAUAUGGUAAGUUAUAUAACACCGUGAGAGUGAAAAGUGACGAUCGGUACGAAAGGUACAAUGACAUUACAAAAUUCGCACCUCCGAAAGACCAUAUCAAUGAGGAACGUGCAACUAAUGGAAAUGGUGUGUUUACGAGAAGUGCUAAAAGUUCAUCUAGUGGUUCGGACUCUGAUUUUUCAAUACCACGGCCGAAAUUAAUAGUACCUGUUCAUACCUAUGGAACACGCAAGAGACGAACUGGGAAUGUACAGCGUGAUAGCACCGCAACUGAAGCUUCAUUGGAUGCGGGGAUCGUGUUAGACGUGACACGAUUGGAAGAUUCGAGUCAUAAGUUUAAGAAAAAUGAAGAAUCAGAAGGCCGAGUCGAAGUGUCGAGGGAGAACAAAUACCUGAGCACGAUGGCGCCAGGCAAGGUCUUCGGGGAACUGGCAAUCUUGUACAACUGCAAGCGUACAGCUACCAUCAAAGCCGCUACGGACUGCAGACUUUGGGCCAUCGAACGACAAUGCUUCCAAACGAUUAUGAUGAGAACUGGCCUUAUCAGACAGGCUGAAUACACAGACUUCUUGAAGAGUGUACCGAUCUUCAAGAACUUCCCCGAAGAUACGUUGAUUAAAAUCUCCGAUGUGUUGGAAGAGACUCAUUACCAGAAUGGAGACUAUAUUAUUAGACAGGGUGCGAGAGGUGACACGUUCUUCAUCAUAUCGAAAGGACAGGUUAAAGUUACACAAAAACUACCGAAUAGUAACGACGAGAAAUUCAUCAGAACCCUCACGAAAGGAGACUUCUUCGGAGAGAAGGCCUUACAAGGGGACGACCUCCGAACGGCGAAUAUCGUCUGUGACUCACCAGACGGCACGACUUGUCUCGUUAUAGACAGGGAAACAUUCAAUCAGCUGAUAUCCACACUGGACGAGAUCCGAACCAAGUACAAGGAUCUGGGUGAUGACAGACAACGAUUGAACGAAGAAUUCGCCAACCUGCGUCUCUCGGAUCUCCGCAUUAUCGCUACAUUGGGUAUCGGAGGCUUCGGUCGAGUGGAAUUAGUGCAAAUCCAAGGCGAUUCGAGUCGCUCCUUCGCCUUAAAGCAGAUGAAGAAGGCCCAGAUCGUUGAGACGAGACAACAACAACACAUAAUGUCCGAAAAGGAGAUAAUGUCCGAAAUGAACUGCGAAUUCAUAGUGAAGCUAUACAAGACUUUCAAAGAUCGCAAGUACUUGUACAUGUUGAUGGAGACUUGCCUCGGUGGAGAGCUAUGGACCAUUUUAAGAGAUCGAGGACAAUUUGACGACGCAACGACAAGAUUCUACACGGCCUGUGUAGUUGAGGCCUUCCACUAUCUACAUUCUAGAAAUAUAAUUUACAGGGAUCUCAAACCAGAGAAUCUACUGCUAGACUCGAAAGGUUACGUGAAACUGGUCGACUUCGGUUUCUCAAAGAAGCUGCAGGCGAGCCGUAAGACCUGGACGUUCUGCGGCACGCCAGAGUACGUCGCGCCCGAGGUCAUCAUGAACCGGGGCCACGAUAUCAGUGCGGACUAUUGGUCUUUAGGUGUUCUCAUGUUCGAACUGCUGACCGGGUCGCCGCCCUUCACGGGCUCGGAUCCUAUGAAGACGUACAACAAAAUCCUGAAGGGCAUCGAUGCGGUCGAGUUCCCGCGCUGCAUCACGCGCAACGCCGCUAAUCUGAUCAAGAAACUCUGCCGCGACAACCCUGCGGAGCGGCUCGGCUAUCAACGAGGCGGCAUAACUGAGAUACAGAAGCACAAAUGGUUCGAUGGCUUUAACUGGGAAGGCCUAGCGCAACGUUCUCUAGAGCCACCUAUUGUACCGACCGUAAAUUCGGCCAUAGACACGCACAACUUCGACCAAUACCCGGCAGAUGCAGACGAACCUCCCCCCGACGAUCUCUCCGGUUGGGAUGCGAACUUUUAAUUCGGCCGUACUAUAUGUGUGCAAAGGUGACAAAUAUUGACACGGCUGUAUUGCUGUAUGACCGCGUUCGAAAUAUGCUGCGUCUCUUUCUGUUCUCAAAGACAUGAUCGAGACGUAAUGUAGAUUUUUACAUAACGCGAGCCUAGUACGACUUGUUAACGUUAUACGUUUUUUUUAUUUUAUUUAAAAUCGAUUAAUUUGACAAUAUCUCACUUGUGUAGUUAGAAAUCAUUAAAAUAUGCCAUUAGUUAAUCUCUUGCCAGUUGUUAUUCAACUGAUAUAUGGAAUAGUAUUGUUUAUCGGUGUGAUUCGAUGACAUCGGCCAUUUCUAUUACACAUUUAAUGAAUAUGGUUAAUGUUUUUUUUAGUAAUCGUUUAUUUUUAAUGUUGAUGAAUUUUUUGAAAAUUUUCACUCUCUUAAUGUGAAAAUUGCAAAUUAUAGAAUUUAUAUGUAAAAUGUGUUUGUUAUUACUAAACGUAUUUAGUUUUAUAUUGUAUCGUUUUUUUUUCAUGGUUCGACAAUGUUGCCCAAAGCUAUCUAGAAAAUAAAAAAAAAUAUUUUAUAAUAUUUCUUUUAAAAAUAAUUAUGACAUACAUACUAUAAUGACUGAAAUAAAAAUAUUGAACUAAUCAAACAAAAAAUUAUGGAAUAGCGCUCAAAAUAUUUGACUAACAAAAUGUAAAUGUUUGGAAAUACAUGGAGAUACGAUUUAAUUUUAGUUUUACUUCCCUUUAUUUACUACAAUAUUUUAUUGGACCUUAUUACUUAUAUUAAUUAUGUAUAAAAUGUAAUAGUACAGAAAUGUAAAAUAUUUCUUACGUUUUCAAGUUGUUUUGCGAAACUCCUUUUUAGCUAACUAAAAUUUUUUAUAUCAGUACUUAUAGUUCUAAUUAGAUAUAAAACUACAAACUUUACUCCAUUAGCUCUGUUUUGUAUAGUCCAAAUAUUUACACUAUCAAAAAACGAAUACAGAUAACACACAAAUUUUUGGCGGGAACGCGUGGAGCAUAGUUGUGUGAAUUGUUUUUAUAUGUGUAAAUUAAUAACGGUAGCUUAUUAACUGCUUAGCAUCUGUGAAAGUUCAUAAAGUAUGGGAAAAUGAAACGAAACCUCCGGACGUACCUAGCUUCUUGAGUACUUCGAAAAAAAUCACUGAAAAAGGCUCUGUAUAUACUCAUCAUUUUACUAAGGCUUUGUUUCAUCCCAUCUCAUGUCGUUUCAUUUAAGUUCGUCCCGUUUGAUUAAAGUCUCAAAUCAAUCAACAUCAUAAUCUUAUUUCGCUUCAUAUCAUUUUUCAAAUGAAUAUAAAAGAAAAUGUAAGACUUGGCUUAAAGGUACUGUUACCGGGCUUUAAAAAAAUAAUAUGGAUUUCACAUAAUUAAAAAAACAUAUUUAGAGCGCUAUUCUUACAGAUUAGAGAAUGAUUAAAAUCAAUUAAAUUUAGAGAAUAAUUUUGCUGGUACUUUAGAAUUUCUAGAUAAAACACUUUUUGUUAAAGCGAGUAAGUAAAAAUGUAAAAAUGUAGACAUGUUCUAAUUACCUUUUUUUUUUUAACGCUGGGGAAUCCAUUUACGGAUACCCGGUCGAGGGGGAUGUUCUAAUUACCUACCUAUGCAAGUUUAGUUCGUCAUGAUCUAAAGUUCAAUGUUUCAAAAGUUUU